AUGGUUAGUGUGGAGAACACCUUCAUAAAGGUUGAAACUCCUCAACGUCUCUGGAGGACGAAACACUCUUUUCCACACUGGCGUCGACAAGAUAUGUCAGAUGUCUACUUUUGGUUGCAAAAGACACGGGUUCAAAACCCGAUGCUCACCUAAUUUUCUUCCGGAGUACGGAAAAAGAAAAACGGUGGGUGGGCCAAGAAACAAUGUACUACUGUCUUCGAACUCGAAACUUCUGGCAAUGCGUGGCGGAAGUGGUGUACCCGCAAACACGCACAGAAGAUUGUUGGAAAAAAGGUUCUACUCGCCGCCAGCCGGUCGGGUUCCGGUUACCCCAAAAAGACUUCCCUUGCCUAGCAAACAAGAAGAAGCCUCG